AUGGCUGAAUGUGAGGAAUAAUUGUAAAGCUCUUUGAGCUUCUGAUGCAGAUAGAAAAGCUCGAUAUAAAUGCAGUCCAGUUACCAUUUUGCUAACCUUAACAAAAUAUCUGAGAAACAUAUUCGAUUCAUUCAGAAAUACAGCUAUUUGGAAGCAUAUUCUGCCAUCUUGGAUUAUUUUGUUUGAAUGAACAACCAGCUGAUGUCACACAGCCUAUUCGUUUGGAUUGGCAGUCGCCGUGUUGCGUUUGUAUUUUCAUAAAAUAGACUCUAUUUUGGCCCACUGUGUUGGUGGUAGAGCGACCAUUAUCUCUUGUCGUUAUAACUAGCCCACUCUGUUUGAAAGUGAAUGGCUUGCCGUUGCUUGUAGCUAAUGUGACCGCAGGGUUAUAGUGGGGCCAAAGAAAGUCCUCUAUGACUUCAAAGGUAUAAAAAGGGACCAUCCCUUCAAGAGAUACACACAUCAUCAGCAUACUGUCUGAUGCUUUUAGUCCAAGUUUUUUGGAGCCUAAAUGUAUCACUUCCAUUGAUGAAAUGCCUUAUUUUGUUGUUAAACUGUGGGGUCAAGUUAGGUUGUAUGAUUAAAAGUGAUUCUGUCAGCUUAAUGAAAUCAGUAAGACACCUCUCUCACAACAGAGAGGUGUUGGUUUUAUUUAUUUAUUUAUUUUUGUCUUAUCAGCCACUUAUCACUGUUAUACCUGUUCCCAGAUAGAAGGACUCCUCUGUACACAACUUCACUCUUAUUGAUGACAAAAUACUCACAGUAGUCAGGUCAGCAAAUUAAGAAACUGUUUCUAAACAUUCCCCCAAUCACAGCAUGAGAGCAAAUCUGUGAGCCAAUCAGAGCUUCAGACUCUGAUAAAUGUCAGCUUGUGCUAAUAAAAGCCCAGCUGCCCAGAUGUUGGGUUUGGAAGUCUAUUAUCUCUUAGAAGGACUACAGAGGGAGUCAAAAGAGGCAAUAAGAAAUCAAGAGAAAGCAUGUAAUAUAGUAGGAAAAAGUGUAAAAGGAGGUAAAGCGUCAAAACAGAAGAAGGGAAUGUUGCUUCGGUCAAUUUUGUUGGACCAGGCUUACACUAACGCUUUUCAGGAACCAUUAACCCCGCUGUGGAGGGCCACCAGUGAUAACCAGAAAGCACUUAUGGUUCCCAUGUCCGAGGGUUUGGAGCUUCAGGUCCACACCAGACAGAAGCCCAAGCACCAAACACCGGCUCCUACCAGGGAAAAAACUAAAACCAGUCCAUCUGUCAGAGGCUACAUGGGGGAAAUACAGAUAGAGAUGGAGGUGUUUUCUCCCAGUAGGGUGACUGGUGAUGGAAUAAAGUUAAGCUGCUCUUCUCCUGUGAUCUCUCCGUAUCAAAUGCCCCCACUAGUCAAAGCCAGUAGUCUCAAAUGGAAGAGACUAACUUGGCCGAAGACAAAACUGGUGGUCAAAGAUGUGGUCUGUUUACCCAGAGAUCACUACCUGGCACAGAUGGACAGACACAUCGCUCCAAGAGGUAAAGCAGAAGCUGCUCUUGCAGCCAUGGGAAUGACUGCUCGCAUCACCUUUGACAACAGUUGGACAGCCAGUCAGAUGGAGUGUCGACUCGUGGCGCAAUUCCAGGGGAACUUCUUGAAAUGUUUGGAGCAAAAGUUCUCAUUCACAUACCUACAGUGUCUGCAGGGCUCUGGGGUGCUGUUUGUCCCAGCCCCCCCUGCAGAAGGCUGGACUGCAGAGCAGGUGCUCGGCAUGACUGGACACUGUCCUCUGUACAUACUCAGCCACCUGGACUAUCCAAAGGCAGAAUCUGGCAGUACGCCCACAUGUGUGGAAAAUGGGAAUGCAUGCAGUAUUAAGGACUUGUUGCCAGUGACAAGCGCACAGCGGCGGCCUCUGACCCUGGAAGAGUUCAGACAGCUGUUUGACAUCUGUUACAGCUGUCCAUCUGAUAAUCUGAGAGCAGUUGAAGAGAAAACUGUUGCACACUGGGACACAGUGCUCACUUUAAUCAAUGAGGGUCGAGCAGAUUUUUCCUUGGAAGAUCUCCUCACCUUCAUUACGGGAGCUGAUCGACUUCCUCCUGGAGGCUUCUCCAAACUGGUGUGUCUCCGUUUUUACAGUCAGGUGGUAACCACAUCGCGUGCACGCCUGCCGUACGCCUCCACGUCCACUCUGGACCUCUUCCUCCCAAGAGGUGUGGUGGAGGCCGAGGAUCUGCUGGUGCUGCUGAGCAGAGCCGUGCACAGAGCUCCAGGAUCUGCAAGGAUCCAGAAGGAGGGAGGCGACAACUCUGCACAAAAGUGACGCUUUGAGGUGGAUGCUGUCUUUGAUGAAAUUACCUGCGGUUGCAGAAGACGCCACGGAGCUCCAAAUAGCCCAGAUCAGGUUCAGCAUCUUAAUGAUGUGAUUUUUCAGGUGGCCUAAAUGUGGAGUUUGUGUCUAAGUUUGACUCCAGUUAAGUGCAUCAUGGCAGCUUUGAUCACAGGAAGUGGAACUAUAUUCUUUGAUAAUGUCAUGUGACUGUAGUAGAGCUUGAAAACGUGGAUUCUGCAGGUCCAUGAAACAUUUCACCUGCCCACUAACCCUUACAUGCAGUUUGACUUCAGGUCUUUCUUUCUGGCUGUUCCAUGUGGGGAAAACACCAUUUUUGUAACUGUUUUGAGGCUUUGUCAGCUUCUGCUUUAUUUUAUUUUUUUAAACACACAUUGUUGCAACUUCAGUUUUAAGUUGCUUAGUUUCUGCGUGGAGCUCCGGCCUCAUGUCAAGCGUCUUGUUCAAGUUGUCCUUUUAUGCAUUUCUGGUUUUCUUGUUUUUGUAGUAUUGCCAUUUUAAAGUUUUAUCUGAAACCAUGCAUGCAUUGAAAUGUCACAACGGUGUAAAUAA